AUCAAGUUGGAUCCGAUGUCUCUGAUACGAGUUGUUUAUGUCUUGUGUUCAGCGGAGUACAGUGAGUCGCUGGGCAGCGAGGAGGCGAGCGGUAAAGACUGGGACGAGCUGGAGGAAGAGGCCAGGAAAGCUGACAAAGAGAGCGUCUACGAGGACGAGGACACGGCCAACAGGAAGAGGAAGAUCCGACCGUCCUCCGGCCCUGCGUCCCGCCCCUCUGUCCGCCCCUCUGCCCGCCCAUCGUCCCGCCCCUCUGCCCGCCCAUCGUCCCGCCCCUCUGCCCGCCCAUCAUCCCGCCCAUCGUCCCGCCCCUCUGCCCGCCCAUCAUCCCGCCCAUCCUCCCGCCCGUCAGCCUCGCCCAGCAAGAAGAAGCGACGGACCUAAAUGUCACACAAAUACACACACACACAAAUACACACACACACACUGCCAAACCCUAGCUGACCCUCCCUCCUGCCCCAACUGGCUCUUGUCGCCCGAACACUUCUUACACACACACUCACACACGAUGUGUAUAAAGACGUAGACGGCUCUUAUUUUGGUGUUGGUCAGUGAAGUGUCAACAGUGAGUCGGUCGCACACUUCACUCAUCAGCUCUUCUCCCUCUUCACUCCUUCCUCCUCCUCUUCCUCCUCCUCCUCUUGUUUUCCACUUCCCUUCUCCAUCCAUCUACCAGGGUUUCAUGUUUGUGUGUGUGUUUAAAUGGGUUUUUAAUUGCAAGCAUUGUUUAUUUUUUUGUUUAAAAAAAAAUAAGUUUCUUAACUAAUAAAUAAAAACAGAUGUGACCUGAUCCUCUGCCAAGUGUUUUAUAUAAAAACUGAGAUUCCCUCUCCUCCUCCUCUUCAUCAUUUCACCUUCCAGCCAUGUUUUCUUCUGUGUUCGUUCAGUUGUGGUAAUUAAAUGAAACAUUUCCUGUUUUGUUUAUUUGACGGGGGGGCAGACACAUUUUCUGAUAAUUCUUAUUUGAACGGGUUUGUAAACGUUUGCAGACAGAAACACAAACUGUCUCCUUCGCUCUUCUCCUCUGUCCCUUUUUCUUUUUCUUCAUUCUGAAUAGAGAUGUACUGUUAAUUCUGAAAAUCCUGUUUUUGUUUUUGUAAUAAAAUGAAAUGGAAUUGUA